GAGGGUGAUAAACAACAGACAGAAGGGAGAAACCGGUCCAAGAACUCAUCGCCAAGCUGCAGACAAAUAAAGCUCAUGAAGGAUGGAAAUUCCUCAAAACAAAAAAUGCUAAAAAGGGGGAGAUACAAAGUGCAGGAAAGAGAAGGAGAUAGAGACAAAUGAGGGAAAGUUAGAGCAUGCCAGAGGGAAUUCUUAGGAGGAAGAAGUAACUACUUGAAAAUAGCAAGGAGACAGAAAGAGAGACUAAAAGGAGAGAGACCCCCAGAUUCCUUAAAUCCAGGCUCGGUGACAGAUUUCAUGGUGGGAUGGAGAAAUCUCCCUCUUUUCCCUUUCCCUGACUUUUGGCUCUCCAGGACUCAAACAGGGAAUAACACAGGACCUGGUGCAUCCAUCACUACAGUGCGUUGUGUUGCCAGAGCGUGUGGGUGGACCUGGCAUGUCUCAUGUGAACUCCUGCUGCCACCCCCUACCCUGGAGGUCCCUCCUGUACACAUUGGACACUGCAUCCUCAUUAGUGGGCAAAUUUCAGAGGGGCUCCCUCUGCUUGGAAGCUGACGCAUUCCAUCGCCAGAGUCCAUCCAUUCCCACAUCACUUGAUGGAGGUGUGUGCUCAGCACCGAUCACAGGUAUGGCUGGCGCCACAGCUCAUCAGGGGUGAAUCCCAGCCUCACCUGGUCCUGUGUGAACUCUGUUGUUUGAGACCCGAGACACGUACAACUCCCACGGCACCUCACAAUCUGAGUUACCCUGAUGAUAAAGCGAGCCAUGGGUAGCGUCCGAGUUAACAGGUACAGCAUUGUCUCAACUGAAGAGGAUGGGCACAAGGUUUCUGCCCUAGGCAACAUGAAUGGGCACAGCUGGAAUGGGAAAGGACAUGUCCCCAGGCGGAAACGCCGUAACCGUUUUGUGAAGAAGAAUGGACAGUGCAACGUGUAUUUUGCCAACCUGAGCAACAAGUCUCAACGCUACAUGGCCGACAUCUUUACCACAUGUGUGGACACUCGCUGGCGCUACAUGUUUAUGAUCUUCUCAGCAGCCUUCCUGGUCUCCUGGCUCUUCUUUGGGUUCCUCUUCUGGUGCAUUGCUUUCUUUCAUGGUGACCUGGGUGCCACUGGGGUGGGCGGUGUCCCCACCACUGCAAAGCCCUGCAUCAUGCACGUCAAUGGCUUCCUAGGAGCCUUUCUCUUCUCGGUGGAGACACAGACCACCAUUGGGUAUGGGUUCCGUUGUGUGACUGAGGAGUGCCCGUUGGCCAUCAUGGCAGUAGUGGUCCAGUCCAUCGUGGGCUGUGUCAUCGACUCCUUCAUGAUUGGCACCAUCAUGGCCAAGAUGGCGCGGCCCAAGAAACGGGCCCAGACCCUCCUUUUCAGCCAUCAUGCUGUCAUCUCUGUGCGCGAUGGCAAACUGUGCCUCAUGUGGCGAGUGGGAAACUUGCGGAGGAGUCACAUUGUGGAGGCUCAUGUCCGGGCUCAGCUCAUCAAGCCCUACAUGACACAGGAAGGUGAGUACCUCCCACUGGACCAGCGGGACCUCAACGUGGGCUACGACAUAGGCCUUGACCGCAUAUUCCUGGUAUCCCCCAUUAUCAUUGUCCAUGAGAUUGAUGAGGAGAGCCCACUCUAUGGAAUGGGCAAGGAGGAGCUAGAGAUGGAGGACUUUGAGAUUGUCGUCAUCCUGGAGGGGAUGGUGGAGGCCACAGCCAUGACCACCCAGGCUCGCAGCUCCUACCUGGCCAGUGAGAUCCUCUGGGGUCACCGUUUUGAACCUGUGGUCUUUGAGGAGAAGAACCGCUACAAAGUGGACUACUCACACUUCCACAAGACCUACGAGGUGGCCGGCACCCCUUGCUGCUCAGCCCGGGAGCUGCAAGAGAGCAAGAUCACCAUCCUAUCUUCUCCGCCACCUCCUAGUGCCUUCUGCUAUGAGAACGAGUUGGCCUUAGUCAGCCAAGACGAAGAUGAGGAGGAGGAGGAGGUGGAAGUGGGGCCUGGGUUAGGAGGAAGCACCAAGAAGGAUGGAGGAGUCAUCCAGAUGACGGAAUUUGGGAGUCACUUGGAUCUGGAACGGCUACAGGCUGCCAUCCCCCUGGACACCAUCUCCUACCGCAGAGAGUCAGCCAUCUGACUCCUCCUGCCUUUCCAUUCUGCAUCUAUUGCCCACCAUCUCCUCCCUUUCACUCCAAUGCUUAAUUGAAACACUCCCCAAAGAACCUCCUUUGCCCACCUCUCAGCCCCUGAGCAUGUACUGUGUGAGACAUGCUCAUGUUUCCAGUGGGCACAACCCACACUGGAACAGACUUCUUGCAACCAGAUGGGAAAGAAAUAUGUGUAUUUUGAACUCCUACAUUGACAGCUGAUGUGAGGGAAUGUCCCCCACAAGCCCCACCACUGUUUGGGGCUGGAACCAUGGGAAGACAAGCUUGGACCCAAAGCAAUCGCCUCAGUACAACUGAUGGCCGCUAAAUGGGUCCAGACUGUUGCCAGAGAAGAAGUAGGCUAUAAAUGCCAACCAAACUGGGAGGACAGGAGAAUCUGGGGGUCAUGGGGAAAGAGUGAAAAGGAUCCGGGAAGUGGGGUGUAUUUUGCAUGUUUUUUGCUUGUUGUACAUGAUAUUAUUGUGUAUAAAACAGAUCAAGAACCAAAA